AUGGCGCCUUCCCCGGCUAACAAUGAUCCCGUGGCCGUGGUAUUCAGGUACGGCACUGACCUGGUGGAGUCUGAUCAGACAAUCUGCGACGACCUCAUCAUCGCGCUGGACGUCUGUAAUCGGAAGGAAGCGCCGUUGAACAUCGAAAACCAAAAGCGUGCCAAGUUCUGGCGCAUCGUCUUCAGCAACGAUUGGACCACGGAAAUGCACAGCUUCGUGCCUGACCCCUGGACAGAUCCUAGCGAUACCCAAAGUGGUCUACAGAUCGGGUCUCUCACACAGGACUGUCGGCCAAACCCCGUUCCUGGAUUGUCGUCGACUAUCGAUAGUUCGCACGUCAGCGUAGCCCGCCAGAAAGGCUGCCCAGCUUGGCUUUGUCCUCUCCCAAGCUGGAACAAAGACGGGACAGCACAGGGUAUUCGGUUCCGAUGGGUUAAUAUCCAUGGCCAAGAGGUGCCAGAAGACCUGGUCCAGCUCGAGGUUGGCAACUGGAGCAAGAAAAAAGCCCUUGCCGUUAUUCAUUGGGAUGACUGUUAUGUUCGGCACGUCGGUCACCAUAACGUGUUCUUAGCCGUGUACUGGGCGCGGAAUCGACUCAUCAAUCUCUCCAAGACUCGGAGUUCUCGCAACGCGGACCAAUGGCAACGCGGUCAGCCACUGAACGAAGUCCUUGCAUCGACCCGAGACCUCGACUCCAUUGGAAUGGGCCACCGAGCUUUCAAGCGGAUUCGUCUCUGUAGUGAUCUGAUGGCAGAGCUUGCUGAGAUUGCCCAGGAUUGCGUGGCAACGAUGGACACUGAGAAAACAAAAAGCUUUGAUUUGGAUGACUGGGAGAAUCCCGAGGCUGAGUACUCAUGCGCGCAAGGAGAGGAUGACUCGCUGGAGGAGGAAGAUUCGGAGCAAGGAUAUUGA